GCCCAAGGGGGCCCCUCCGUAGCCAUUUUGGCUCAAGCCAUUCUGGCUCACGCGAUUUUGGCUCAAGUGCGCCUGUCUUUGUUUUGCUAGAAGCGAGAAAGACUACAGUCUGCAGCCGAUGGCGCUCCUCAUCGCUGCGGCCUCGCUGCUGGCACUCGCGCACGCUUCGGGCCCGCAAGCUUCCUGCGCUGUAGGGCAGCAGUGCGCCGCCGGAGAGCAGGAUGACACGGGCAUGCUCCAGAAGAGCUCGCAGAUGAUGCAGCUGAAUCGGCAUGAGCAAAUGAGCGUGAGGACGACGCCCACGAACGACGCCGAGUGCAAGGACGUGAAGGGCAUCAACACGGGCCUGCCCAUCGUCUACGACUCCAGCUGCCCUGGCCUGUGCUGUUUCGAGGACCAGCCGUGCAGGUACAACAACACGGGCUGCUACUCCGCAGCCUUGGCGCAGCAGAUGACGAGGACAACGCCCACGAACGACGCGGAGUGCAAGGCCGUGCCGGGCAUCAACACGGGCCUGCCCAUCGUCUACGACUCCAGCUGCCCUGGCCUGUGCUGCUUCGAGGACCAGCCGUGCAGGUACAACAACACGGGCUGCUACUCCGCAGCCUUGGCGCAGCAGAAGUUGAGGACGACGCCCACGAACGACGCCGAGUGCAAGGCCGUGAAGGGCAUCAACACGGGCUUGCCCAUCGUCUACGACUCCAGCUGCCCUGGCCUGUGCUGCUUCGAGGACCAGCCGUGCAGGUACAACAACACAGGCUGCUACUCCGCAGCUUUGGCGCAGCAGAGGGUGAGGAAGACGCCCACGAACGACGCCGAGUGCAAGGCCGUGAAGGGCAUCAACACGGGCCUGCCCAUCGUCUACGACUCCAGCUGCCCCCGGCAUGUGCUGCUUCGAGGACCAGCCGUGCAGGUACAACAACACGGGCUGCUACUCCGCAGCCUUGGCGCAGCAGAAGUUGAGGACGACGCCCACGAACGACGCCGAGUGCAAGGCCGUGAAGGGCAUCAACACGGGCUUGCCCAUCGUCUACGACUCCAGCUGCCCUGGCCUGUGCUGCUUCGAGGACCAGCCGCGCAGGUACAACAACACGGGCUGCUACUCCGCAGCCUUGGCGCAGCAGAAGGUGAGGACGCCCACGAACGACGCCGAGUGCAAGGACGUAGAGGGUAUCAACAAGGACCUGCCCAUCGUCUACGACUCCAGCUGCCCCGGCCUGUGCUGCUUCGAGGACCAGCCGUGCAGGUACAACAACACGGGCUGCUACUCCGCAGCCUUGGCGCAGCAGAAGUUGACGACGCCCACGAACGACGCCGAGUGCAAGGACGUGGAGGGUAUCAACAAGGACCUGCCCAUCGUCUACGACUCCAGCUGCCCCGGCCUGUGCUGCUUCGAGGAUCAUGCAAGGACGUGGAGGGUAUCAACAAGGACCUGCCCAUCGUCUACGACUCCAGCUGCCCCGGCCUGUGCUGCUUCGAGGACCAGCCGUGCAGGUACAACAACACGGGCUGCUACUGAGGGGAGAGCUGCUGUGUAUCAUGGGUGACCAGGAUGUGCUGCCGCACUAGAGACGAAUGGUGAGUGAGUGAGUGAGUGAGUGAGUGCAUUGUGCGUCGUGCCAGCUCAGGCAUUGUCGAGGUUGUAUUCUGCGUUUUCAGUCUUGUGUAAGCAUGCUGGCUGUGACCUGUCCAGGGCAAUGUCCGCGGCGCAGCGGUAUGUGUACUUAAUUAAUGCUUCUCCUGCGUUCCGACUCCUGGACCUGAACGUUUGGGUGCACUUGGGCGGAGCGGCCGCUUCGUGCUGUGGCCGUCUUUGCCCACGUGCGGUCUUGUCACGGGAGAGACUGGUCAGAGCGAGACCUCUGCAGAUUGAU